CUCACAGGAACUCAUACUCCUCCAACAACAUCAUCAUCAAACCCCUCGAAAGAGGAAACAAAGAGCGCAAACACACACACACACUCUCACUCUCACUCACUCAACCCUGUCACACAGAGAGAGAGAGAGAGAGAGAGAGAAGCAUCGUUGUUCAUUCUCUUCUUGAUUCACACUCUGUUCAUUCUUCGAAACUCUAUCUAUCGUGUUGAGGCGAUGAAUAACAUGAUGAUGGGUGGAAGCAGCAGCAACAGAGACCGAGAAGAAGCCCUCACAUUCACGAUCCCUUCAUCCUCUUCCCACUCCUCUCCCAUCACCGUCUCCGAUCAACUCGACAGCUACCUCACCGACCCCAGAAGCGCCUCCGGAAGCUUCCAGAACGAGGGUGUCCUCACCGCCGGCGACACCGCCGAUUCCGAGUUCGGCUUCUCUCGCCCAGAUUUCCGGCAGAGCCCCCUCGCCGGCACGGUGGAGCUCUACGACCGCCACGUGUUUCUCUGCUACAAGAAUCCGAGGGUUUGGCCACCCCGCAUCGAGGCUGCGGAGUUCGAUCGCUUGCCUAGGUUGCUCUAUGCUGCAGUUAUGGCUAGGAAGAACCAUAUGAAGAAGGAGACUCGAUUAACGAUAUGUGAGGGUCAUGAUGGGACUGAAACAUCUAACGGGGAUGUCUUAAUCUUUCCUGACAUGAUCAGAUACAGGAGGUUAACACAUUUUGAUGUUGAAACAUUCGUUGAAGAAGUUCUUGUGAAGGAUGGAGAAUGGCUUCCUGGGACUCCCGAAGCUUUGAAAGGUUCAUAUGUUUUUGUGUGUUCACAUGCAUCCCGGGAUCGCAGAUGUGGGGUUUGUGGACCUGUCUUGGUCAGUAGAUUCAGGGAAGAGAUAGAGUUGCAUGGUCUACAGGGUAAAGUGUUUGUUAGCCCAUGCUCUCAUAUUGGGGGACAUAAGUAUGCUGGAAACAUCAUUAUAUUUGGACCAACCAUGAAUGGAGAAGUCACCGGGCACUGGUAUGGAUAUGUUAGCCCGGAUGAUGUACCUUUAUUGCUUCAACAACAUAUUAUAAAAGGGGAGAUUAUAGACUCAUUAUGGAGGGGUCAGAUGGGUUUAUCAGAAGAUGAACAGAUGAAUAAACUAGAACAAAGGCUUCUGCUGAGUGGAAUCAGAAAUGUAGAAGAAAGCACUACAGUGUGUAGAUCUCAAGACGAUUUCGCGAGCUGCUGCCAAUCAAAUGGAGUGAGCUGCUGCCAAGAAAAUGGAAACUCUUCCUACCGUACUCAAAAUCAUGUGCCGGCGGCAGAAAAGAGAAAGGAUCCUGAUGUCAUUGAGACGGAGGCGAAGCUCUCAGCUGAUAGUAAGAGCAGUGAGACUGUGAUUUCGCGGAUCAACAGCGGUAAAGGAGCUUCGUCGCGUAAUUUCCAUUCCAUGACAGCAUGGCUUGAUACCUGGGAGCAAGAAGACACUUAUGCUGCUCUUGCUGUAGUCUUUGCUGCAGUGUCAGUUGCCAUUGCCUAUAACUCCUACAAACAAUUGACAUAAGCUGAAUCAACAUUGUUAGUGUAAUUUGGUGGGGUCAGAUAACUUAACCUUUAUUAUGUUUGUAUAUUACUAUUAACUUCAUUUGUCUAAUCCUGGUGCAGUUAUUAAGAUCAUUCCUAACUGAACAUGCAGGGAAACAAGGAAGGGCUUUAUCGUUAGUCUGGGUUUGUGUGCUUUUCUGCUGGUAGAAUAUUGUUGGCUGGUGCACUUAUAAUUUGCUAGUUAGCUUAAUCUGUAGUCUGUACAUAUAAGAAACCUUAGCCUCAGAAUAUUCAGGUUAAAUAUUGAUAGUUUGUUUAGGUAGAAUUUGAUUUGUAACCUUUUUUUUUUAAUUUAAUUUUAUGUAAAGCCUUGGUGUUCCUUGAAUUGCUGUUUAGUGUGUGUUUGAAUAGCAGCUGGACGUGAACUUACUUUUAUCUGAAUUCAUAAGAAGUCUGUUCAUGUGUUGUUUCAAA